AUGCUAAGGUGAGGAAGGCAGUUCUUCAUUUCAUCAGGAGGCUGCUCAGUUCAGGAAGUGUGGAGAAUUGUGUAGAAUGGGAUAUGGUAGCAUAUGUUUUCCGCGAGUUCAGUGUGUCCACCAGCAAACCGGCUAUUCAAGAAGAAAGCACUAUCCAAACCCUGUGCAUUGACAUCCUGCAAUGUCUGGACACCUCAGUCAAUGGAAUGACCCAAGUGUUAUGGCCAAGGCUUCUGGAGUAUGUGGUGCCAGCUCAGUACACUGGUACUUUGAAGCCUCUCUGCAGAUGCCUUAGGGAACUGGCUGAGAAAAAGCAGCAGGAAGGAGAAGAAGCUGCUUGCCUCGACUACAGUGGACCAGUGAAACUCCCGACACCCCAGGGGCUGCUGGCGCGACUCCUGGUAGUAGCCUCAUCCCCUUAUGAAAGAGAAGGACAUGGAUGUGCUGCCUUGCAAUUAUUGAAGGCCCUGCACUACAAUAUCCACGCAGCAGUGGGUGAGAUGUGGGUAGUAAAGAUCCCACCUCUGCUGCAGUACAUUGAAGGAAACUCAGAGAAUUCCCUGGACCAUGAACGGUGGGAGCACAUGCUGCUUCAGUUCCUAAGAACAUCUCUGGAGAUGAUAGGUGACAGUGCCUGGAGCAGCCAGAUAAGCCUUGAGUUGAGCCAGCAGAUGGCCGGCUAUGCCAGCCCCUCCAAAGAGAAGAGUUUCCUGUAUAAGGCACUAGGAACGUCCUUAGCAGUGUGUCAGGACCUGGUCCAUGUUAAAUCACAGAUUAAUACAUUUCUGACGACAACAGAUUAUACGGAAGCCCCUGAGAGAGAGGGAGUCAUUUCCAUCCUUGCAUUGUCUGCUGAGAGCCACUUGGACCUCACCUUGAACGCACUUCAGGAGUUUGGGGCUGCAAUCAGCAAGGUUAAGAUUUCUGGGUUCAUCAGCCACCUGAAGGACUACCACCGUGGAAAAAGAGGCAAGACUCGCAGCACCCUGAUGCUGACAUACAGCAACGUGGCUGUUCAUGCUCCAAAAGACCAGCUUCUCUCCCGAGUGGAGGCAGACAUCACAGGGAACAUCCUUCACCACUACAGAGCCAGUUGUCAGGUGCUGGGCAUCACUGUUACGAACAAGGACAUGUACCUAAAAUUAACUCUCAUCCAGAAUGUCACGGAGAUUAGCUGUGCCAUCUUGGAGACCAGAGAUUCCCAGGAGUUCGAAUUCUCUUACAAACAGGAGCUCCUUGGCUACAUGCUGGACUUCAUUAAAAAGGAACCACUGGAUUCCCUGGCAUCUCCAGUUCGCUACAAGGCAAUUCUUGCCAUUGGACAUCUGAGCAAACUCAAGCCAUCUUUGACCUUGGAGGAAAACCGUGAGCUCCUAGAUCAGUGUUUCAAAAGUUUAUUUCCCCUUCCUCCCUUGGAGAAGACGAAAGAGGAAGGCGAGACAGCAAAGGAUGCUCUGCAUAUACAGUCACUGUACAUGAGGUCCGUGGAAGCCCUUGGCAAGCUAAUGAAGACUUUGCUGGAGGAAGAACCAACCGCAGACUGGUUCCAGGAAAUGUUUGAUCUACUAAGGCCAUGGUUCAGUUCAGAGAAGGAGUGGGAGAGAGAAAGGGCCUUGCAGGCCAGCACCCAACUGCUGACUGCAUAUCAAGAGACAGUUAAUAGCACAACUCAGGAAACUUUUAAUCGGUUUGGAUCUCUGAUUGGACUAAUAGCACCAUACAGCUGUGAUUCACUGGCCACGUCCCGUCAGUGGGUGGUUGACUGUAUCAGCUGCCUUCUCUGUAUACAAGGCCAGUCCAUGAAUCUGGGGUCAGUGGCGGAGGAGCUGAGAUGUCUCCGUGAAGCACUAACAGCUCCAGACCCUGAGGCUCUGUUUCAGGCAUCUUCCAAAAUGGCCAGGGUUGUUAGUGAGUACUUUUCCUCAGAACAGGCCACAGACUUUAUUAAGGCCACAUUGGGUGGUAUGCUGUCUGCCAGCCCCACCUGUGCCACGGCAGCUGGACUGUGGAUGAAAAUCAUCCUGAAGGAGUGUGGAGAUGCCAUGCUGGACAAGGUGCCAGAUAUCCUGGUUAUAAUAUAUAGCCACAUGCCUACUAUCCAGGAGGGCAGCUUGAGGCAGUUCCUGGUGGAGGCGGUGUCCAUUUUAGCUCACCGUGACCUAGAGACGGUGAUCUCCAGCCUCCUCGGCGAACCUCUGCCGAUGGACAGUGACAUCACUGAGCUGUGGAGAUCUCUGGGGGGAGACCCCUUGCUUGCCACUCAAGUCCUAAAGAUCCUGAUAGACAAGAUAAAGAUUCCAACAAGACAAGAAGGCCGCAUCACCUCAGAGACUGAAAUCGACAGGGAUUUGGCAGCCGCUGAACCUCUCUCAGCAACAUGUGCCAUCUUUGAGGUGGUGUCAGCACUGCAGUCGAGCAAAGCUGUGCAGGAGCUGCUCCCAGAGUUGUUUCCUGUUCUCCUGCAGCAGAUCAGCCGAACCCUAGGACAAGAGAUGCCUUUGCCAAGGAUAAGCAGCCAGAGGGAAUUCCAAAAAGACCUACAACAUACUGAGGGCGACCCUUGCCGGCUUUCUAUCCAAGCAUUAGAGGCUGUGCUUUUCAGAGCUGGGAAUGAGAGACUGGGGAGAGCGCUCAGGGAGCAGAGAACACAGAGUCUGCUUGAAAACCCCAAGACUCACCAUGAGGGAGUGUGUCUGCUGGUGAGUGUUCUGCUAAGAGCUGAACUAAUAACACCUGAGAUCUUACAGAGCCUCCUCCCCUGGGUGAAUUCCCCAACAGAAAACCUCCGAGUCACCAGCACAGCUUUCCUUACCCAGCUAAUGAGUGACCCCAUGCUCAGGGAGAAGAAGUUCCUUAAGUCUGUCUUGAGCAUCUUGGAAGAAAGGUCCCAGGAUAGGAACAGCAUUGUCCGCCAGAUGGCUGUGAGAGGCCUGGGAAAUUUAGUCUAUGGGGCGCCUGAGAAGGUGAAAAAGCACAAGAAGUUUCUUCUGGACCUACUGAUCGGGGCCUUACAUGACAUUUUCAGUUCGGAAGUCAUUGGCGAGAGCAUGAAAGCACUGGCCAAAGUCCUGAAGGAGCUGAAAGAGAAGGACAUAGGUUCUUCCUUCAAAGACCUCACCCAACAGAUCCGGACUUACUUUGACGAUGAGGAUGAUGCUCUUCGCUCAAUGGCCUUUGUCCUAUUUGGCAUCCUGGCCCGGCUGACAAAGAGAAAAUGGAAGACCUAUUUCGCCGACCAGGUUAAAAAGAGCUGGGUCACACUUCUGCUGCACCUGCAAGACCCAAACCCUGAGAUUUCAAUGGAAUGCAGAGCUACGUUUCACCUCUGUUUACCGUUUUUGGGACUCAAGAGACUCCAAAGUGCAAUCAGUGAGCACCUUGGUGGCACAGCUGAGCUGAAGCCUGAAGAGCUCCAGGUGGACAUUUGCAGACACCUUGCCAAAGAGAAUGCAGAGCUGCUGGAGAAAUUGUACCAAAUCACCAUCACGUACUUCUAUAGCAGCUGGGAAGAGAUCCGGGCAGUUGCAGCCAACUUAGCUGGCAUCAUCCUGGAACACACAGACAGGCAGCGUAUGAAAUGGCUGGACCUGGAAUAUCUGCUGAUGUCUCUCCAGGUCCUACAGAAAGACCCAAGUCCCACUGUCCAGCUGGUGGCAACUGAGAUCAUAAGUCACAUCUGUUCUGGCCGAGUGAUUGGGGAAUGA